AUGGACCCUGGACCACAACCAAACGAGCUUGCAAAUUUGACUCAAGUAGAAGAAAUGUUGAUUGCACGUGUCAGCCCCAUACUACAAGUUACACAUGCAACAGGCAGUCAAUAUAAAUAUAAAGGGCACAUGAUAAGUUUCCCCCAAAAUGUAGACCAUGUGUCGAAAAAAUUGCCACAUUUGAUAGAAAACUUACCAAUCAUCAUUGUUCGAAGGAGGGAUCAACAUGGAACAAACUAUAACUUUACAGUUAUUAGGGAUCGUGUGUAUAGGGCACUCAAAUACAAAAUAGAGCAUGACAGAUUUUAUUCUGAUGUUACAAUUGAUGAAAAUGCUCUCCAUCAUCUAUCAACAGAUUCUGAUGAGAAUAUUUUUAAUAAAUUGAAGACUAUGCAUAUGGAAUUUGAUUCAAAUGCAAAUGAGAUCAUAUUUGUGGGUCCAAUCAUCGAGACAGAUGAUGGUAAUAUAAUAGAGCACACAACAUCAAUGGCUUCAAGACCACCUAAUGCCCAGAGAGAAAUGGAAUUAAUCCAUGCAUGGAUUAAUAACCCUAAUUCAAAUCCUACUGCACUAAUUGAUUGGCCGAGCAUUGGUGCAUCUCCAAUAAAUGAAUACAUCACAUCAGGAUUACUUGAUAUGGCAUUUCCCACAUUGUUUCCAGAUGGCCGAUGUGAUUGGUUAGAACCAAGAAUGAGGCAUGUCCAUCUCCAUGAGUUUGUGAAGCAUUUCUUAUGCUAUAGAGAUCAUCGUUUUGGUCAGCACCCAAGAUUUAGAUAUUUUAUGAUGAAAAUGAUAAUGAGACACCGUGCACAACAUUCAUCUUCAGUAUUUGUAAAAAGAAGCUUCAGAGACAUGCCAAUAACCAUCAACAAGUUGCGUCAACAUAUGGAAAACAUGCCUCGCUCAAAUUUAGCUGAUAAAUUAAUGCGAUUUGGAACAUCGUUAAGGGGUACAAGAUCAUAUUGGGCUAAAUGUUGUGCCGAAUUGACAGAUAUGCUUCAUCAGAUUGGUUCUCCUACAAUAUUUUUCACAUUGAGUGCAGCAGAUAUGUAUUGGCAUGAUUUGCAUGCACGGAUGCCAGGAACGAUGCCAACUACUCCACGAGAAGCACAAAAUUGGCGAAGAAAAAAUGUUAUUAACUACCCUCAUAUAGUGGCACAUUACAUGCAUUUAAGGCAUUCUAUAUUUAGAAAAGAAAUUUUAGAAAAAGGGGUGAAUGUCAAAGACUAUUGGUCUAGAUAUGAGUGGCAACACAGGGGGUCCCCACAUGUGCAUGGGUUCAUAUGGAUAAAUGGAGCACCCAAUAUGGACACCAUAGACUGGUCAAAUGAAGAGGAACGAAAGAGUGCUAAACGCUUUUUUCAUUCAAUUGUUCAUGCAUGGAAUCCUAGACAAGAUCCACAUCAGCGAAAUAUAUAG